AUGGAGUGGUCGCUCCGUGGUAAUGAUGCCAAACCGCGCAGCACGACGUUCUGGUUCCUCUCGGGCAACAACAUCCACCUGUACGGCGGCGGCACGCUCGACAGCAACGGCCAAGUCUGGUGGGACGCCUUCGCCACGAACCACAAUGCAGGCACAGCAGGCGGGUCCUCGCGCAACUUCGCGCGGCCCGUCCCGCUCACCGUCGGGAACGCGACGAAUGUGCUCAUCGAGGACCUCACCGAGAUCGGGUCGCCCUUCUGGUUCGUCUACCAAAGCUCCUAUGUGACCUACCGCGGGAUCAACAUCUCCUCCGUCUCCUACUCCGCCAACCCCACCGCGAACUCGGACGGCUGGGAUAUUUAUCGCUCAUCCUACGUCACGAUAACGAACUCGACGAUCAACAACGACGACGACUGCGUUUCCUUCAAGCCGAACUCGACGAACAUCCUCGUGAGCGACCUCUACUGCAACGGCUCGCACGGCAUCUCGGUGGGGUCGCUGGGCCAGUACGCCGGCGAGACGGACAUCGUCGCGAACGUCAGCGCGCGCAACAUCGUGAUGCGCAACGCGCAGAACGGCGCGCGGAUCAAGGUGUUCGGGGGGUCGCCGUACGCCAGUGCGUCUCCGUUCCUCGUAUCCCUAGCCAUCCCCGUAUCCCGGCGGACCGGAUUUCCUCUCCGCUUUGAUGAAUGCUGA